AUUUUAAGAAAUUUGACAUCAUUUUUUUUUUACGAAUUGAUAUAUUUUUUAACUGGCAUCAGCCUAAAUAUACACCUACGAUUGGAUUCUUAGAUACGUUAUUCACGUAUUGUCAAUAUUGAACAGGAUACAAUGAACGUAAGUUACCAAUGUAACAAAGAUAAUACUUUGUCAAAAGAUAGACUAGAUUUUUUUUUUUACUUUUUCACUUUCCUUUUCUAUAUCAUACUUUCAUGAACGAAAGAACUGUUUCAUAGACAUAGAUAAAUCUUGCAUAAACCUACACGAACAUAUAAAUUUGACGUCAUCGACUUUGAGGACACCAGAAGGAAAAAAAAAGAAUUACGGAUAAUUGUGCAAUUAUCUUCUCGUCUACACCCAGAUUUACUUUUACGUAUAUAUAUAUCUAUAUAUAUAUAUAUAUAUAUACCUUAUCACAAAUGUAACGAAAAAAGUUUUUACACUUUCGUAAACGAACAAAGGUGAGACUUUAUAAGCAAGUGUUUCAAUUUUUACGAAGGGAGUCUUUCGUUAAACUCAUUAGUGACAAGUCAUAUCGAUGGAAUCAAUAAUUGUGAAUAAAAUUUUAUUAAUAGUUUUAUUAUUGAAUAAUUACAGUGUCAAUGGAAUUCUCGGAGAAGUAAUUAUAAUUGAUAAAAAAGUGCCGAUAAAAAAUGGUGAACUUGAACAAAAAAUUAUUCCUCGAGAUGUUUAUCAAUGGAAACCAUUGGAUAUUGAAAUCGAAACUCCUUGGGAAAACAGGACUACAAUCGGUAUUUUUAAGGAUACGGGUUGUGUAAUUCGAAAAAAAUUAUCUCUUGAAGAUAAUCAAAAUUUUAGGUACUGUUUGAAAAAUAAACAACUUCAUGUCAAGAAGGAAAAAGAUCUUUUUCUGCGUAUCAAUCUCGUCAAUAGAUCCACGAAAUUAGUCGAGAAAACAACGGAGAAAAUUCCCAGAAGAAGUGAAAUAAACAAAGCUGAAAGAAAUGAAAACAUUAUCAAUAAAAAUUGUAGGAUUUACCUUGACCUAUACUGCGAAAACGUGGUGAAAAACGUGACUUCUUUUAAUUACCGAAAGUGGCUUUUUUAUCCAGUAAAAAUUGAUAAUCAAAAUGACGAUGCAGAUUUAACGUAUAAAAAUUCUAUUCAUAGAAUCAACUCUAGUGGUUACGAGAAAAUGAAAUUUGACGUUAACGAAUCAACGAUCGAAAUUCGUAUCUUAGUAAAAGGAAAUUUGUCCUUCAUUAGUAUUGAAAUACCAAUCGACAGCAAGUGGUAUAAUACUGAGCCAACAACUUUAUCGUUGGCACGAACGGACGACGAUUCAGGAGGGUUGGAAAUAGUGGCGCUGAAUGCUCCACCGGGUGGUUGGCUCUUGAAACUCAUUGGGGAGGGAGCUUCAAAGUAUUCGUUUCUCGUGGAAAAAAAAAUAAUUCGAUGUAAUAUUAAUAGGAACAAUACUAAGCUCGAUGAAAAUUAUUCGAUGAAAUUUCACAAUGAUAAUGACUCGGAUUAUAGGAAAUACGAAGAAAAUAAACAAGGAUUCAACAACGUUGAAACUUUCGAUGAACUUUCUCAGAAUAGUCAAGAAAUCGUUCUCAACGAUGAAUCGUCAGAAUUUGUAGAAAUUAGAGGUAAACGAAACGAGCCUGAAGUGAAUGUGGAAAAUUUGCAUGUUCCGUUAUCAUCGAUUCAAACAGAUCAAGGUGAAAGAGUUCGGUCUAGAUCGUUAAACGAUCGAUCAAGUAAAAUUAUUUUUGAGAAUGACGACGUUAACAAGGCUAAUAUCAACGUAUCGAGAAUGAUACAAAAUAUUAACACUCAAGAACUUUCAAAUGAAUAUGCAAGACUUGGAGACGACGAGAAAGAAGAAAAGAGAAGGAUCGUUGUGGAAUUAAAUCAAAAUAGUAAUCUUUUCGUAAGACCAGGAACGAUACACAGAAUAGCUUUUGAUGUUACAAAUAAUCAUUAUCAAACAAUUAGAUGUGAUUUCAAAGUUCGAAGUUUACCUCUGAUAGUUGUUAACGUUCAACCGAUUUCCACGUGGAUUUAUGCUGGUCGUACGAUCAACGUGUUCGUCGAUGUUGAAGUACCAAGAGGAACAACCCAAGAUGUUAUCAAUACUUUAACAUUGUACGUACAGGGUUCAGAAAUAACAGAAAAAUCGGUCUACCUCUACGUCGAAGGCAACAUUCCAAACGUCGUCGACGAUACAAAGCCUGCCAUAGAAUACACGUUCAAUAAUAAUUGUGCGAGUAAAUUGAGUAAAGAAAAAUGCACGAAAUCUCGUUGGAGUGUUGACAUUAGAAUUCAAGAUUCUGGAUCUGGUCUGAAAAGUGUUAAAUCAUCUCCGAACGAAGUUUAUCCACGUACUGAGUUUAUAAGUGGUACUAGAAAUCCAGUAACUUUUUAUUAUUCAGCUACUUGUUGCUCCACUCAGGCAAAGAUUACAGCAACCGAUUUAAGAAAUAAUUAUAAUACGUAUACCAUAGAUGUUACAGUUUGGGACAAUUUAUCCGAAGGAGAGAUAGCUGCUAUUAUAGUCGGCGCAUUAUUAAUUCUUCUAAUUAUAAUUUUAAUUAUUAUACUUAUUAUCUUUUGCGUACGUAAAAGGAAAAGCCAUGAUUUGCCAUACACACAACGAUACGGUUCACGAACAACACCUGCACGAGCUGAAAGAACUAGUUUCUGAUUUUAUAUAGUUAAUCAAAGUUUACGUAACUCAACAUUAUAUAAUACUAAUUUCUUAUUAUUUAUAUACAAACGGUAGAGUUACAAUAGUUCUUCGAUCAAACGAUAAAUUUCAAUUUGUCUCAAUUAAAUAGACUUUUAUA